CCCCCCCCCGCCGUUCUAGGCGCACGUCCCGGCGCUUUCCCGUCACGGGUCUCCGCGGACAGCGGGCUUUACUCUCCCGAAGUCCCCUGUACCCCAUUCUCACGCGACCCUGGGGGAGGAAAGGUGACCGCACGCAGAAACCGUGCGUGUGAUCGCUGUGAUGGGCGCGCCGAGUGCAGCCCUUCGGCCACUUGCUCCACGGGCUGCCUCCCUCCCCUUCCUGUGGACUCAGACUCUUCAGAGUCACUUUAUUUUGUGGGGGUUUUUGGCUCCCUUGAAUAUACCUGGUAGAGAAGGAAGGGGGCUGAAGAUGUUGCUGGUGGACAGCAGUAGGAAAACGCGUCCCCAUACAGCCAGCGCCCUCCCCCGUGCAUCCCCGGGGCUCCCUCUGUCCAGCGUCCUUCCCUGGCUGCCCCGCGGGCUGAGAAAGGCGGGCUUCCCUCCGUGGUGGUGUCAUCCCGGCUUUACCCGCACUGGGGUGAGCCGCUGAGCUGCUUACCAGGAGGAAAGUUUGUAUGGCGUGUACAGCACGUGCACGGCCCACGGGGUCGUGUUCUGGAAACGCCUGCCCUGGGGACUUGGACAUCGUGGGAACAGCAUCGAGUUCUUCCGCAGAGCGAGACGGUGCAGCCUCCAAAGGCCUCCUCAGCAUGGCCAAAGAUGCCCUCAAAAAUACCGAAGUUCCUGUUGGCUGCCUUAUGGUUUACAACAAUGAAGUCGUGGGGAAGGGAAGAAAUGAAGUGAAUCAAACGAAAAAUGCUCCAAGGCAGAAAUGGUGUGGAAGAGCCUGGUGGAGGAAAGCGCUUCCACCCUUGGCCAUCAGGAAGCAGGAAAGAAGGGGAGCUGAGGACAAGAAUCCACCUUUCCAGGCUACUCGACAUGCAGAAAUGGUGGCGAUUGAUCAGGUCCUCGACUGGUGUCACCAAAAUGGCCAGAGUCCUUCUUCAGUCUUUGAACACACUGUGCUGUAUGUCACUGUGGAGCCAUGCAUCAUGUGCGCAGCUGCUCUCCGCCUGAUGAAAAUCCCGCUGGUUGUUUAUGGCUGUCAGAAUGAACGGUUCGGUGGCUGUGGCUCUGUCCUAGAUGUCGCUUCUGCUGACUUACCGAAUUCUGGGAGACCGUUUCAGGCUCCCUUAAUAUUCAUCCUCCAGCUCCGCCACCCCGUCAGCCGGUUUCUUCCCGCACAGCCUACGCUCUCCUUCCCUGAAACACUGCUUGGUCUCUGUAAAUGUUCUCUACGUCCAGCUUGCAUCUUCUCCGUGUAUGCAUUCCUGGAUAUCGGGCUGAGGAAGCUGUGGAACUGUUAAAGACCUUCUACAAACAGGAGAAUCCAAAUGCACCGAAAUCAAAAGUUCGGAAAAAGGAAUGUCAGAAAUCCUGAACUUGUCUGAUGAAAGACCAAUGCCUCACAGUGACCCGGACAAAAUUCCUGGGCCGAAAGCUGUUGACAUCAAUGAAUCAUAUGUUUACAUGUUGUUACCCUGUGGGUAAAUGGUGUCUCUCAUCAUUUGCUCUGUUAAGGGAACAAAUUAGCACUUCUUAAAAGUCUGACAAUUGUAAACAACUAUUAGCUUUUCCCCCGAGCUGAAAGCACAUUUUCAGAAGGGGAAAAGUUAAGGUUUGAGGUUUCAGAAAUUAGAAACAGUGCAUGCCCUUCAGCCACAGCUUUAUGCCCGGUCCAGGGAAGUGCUGGCUCGCAGGCAGUGUGUCCGCAUCCAUCACUGUGUGUGUCUGGACAGGGUGUGAGACGUGUUCUCUGGGGCUGGCCUUCCAGAGUUGGAGCCUCAGGUUUUACAGCUCUUAUUUCCCUCAGGGCACCGGGGCCUGGCUUCUUUCUAAAUUGUCUGAGUUUGUGUAUAUAUGACCAUGAUUACAUGGUCCUUAACACAGAUCUUUUGCUUUUACAAAGCAUUUAAGAAAAUGAAUACUUUCAAAACAAGUGCUUACAAGUCAUUUUUUAAUUGUCACAUAUUGGUAUAAUAAAGCCCUAUUUAUGCCUUCUUUGAAGAGGAACAAGCAGUCUUAAAAAGAUAAAGGAAUAAAUGGGACAAUUCCUUAUUAUUGAGCAAUUAUUUUGUGCCAGGGUCCUUUCGUUUCCUGGAACAAAGUGAAGAAGCCUGCCUGUCCCCAUGGAGCUUGUAUCCCAGCCAUGGAGACAGAUGAUGGGUAUAGUGGAUUAUGCAGUUUGCUGGAGAGUGCUGAGAGUUAUAGCUAAAAGAAAAAGGGGGGGCCGGGGAUUUAGCUCAGUGGUUUCGCCACCUGCUGCGCAAGCACAAGGACCCAAGUUGGAUCCCAGGUACCAAAAAAACCCCCCCAAACAAACAAAGAAAAAGGGGGCCCGGGGUGAAGGAGAUGGGCGUGCCAGUGGGUGGUAGGAAUGCUCAUUGGCAGAAUAGGAUGAUCAGUGUGAUCUGAAAUCAAAUAUUUACCUAAAAAUAUGGAUAGUGAGGUUUACAUUUAAUAUCUAAAAUUUGAAACUGUGAAUACAACAUAGGAGAAAGUAUCCACAGCCCAAGUUUCUGAUGUCGCAGCCAGCGCUGAUUGCAGUAGGGGUCACCGUGCAAAGGGCCACUGUGCAGAGCUGCACUGUGCGUCCUUGCCCAGAAGGGGGCCUCGCUGUUCCACCAGAAGCCCAGGCCAGGCCCUGGCAGGCAGAGAGCAGUCUUCUCUCAGUUGCUUUUCUUCAGUGGAUUCGUUUCCUUGAUGCAAAGCAUCUGUAUUUGUUGAUUCUGCCAUUUGAACGAUGUCUCUGACUUGUUUGUUUUGAAUUACAGGCUGGAAUGUAAUUGUGGUGGAAGUAUUUUUAUAUUGCUGAGAGUAGCAGCUAAUCACAGUUACAUGGUUCAGAGGAUUUAUAAUUGCUAGGUUUUGUAAGCGUAUGUUCUAACUGCAUUUGCAAAGUUUUAUGGAGAAGAAUAUGCAUGAUUUUAAAUCUACAGUAAUGUUGCAUGCACCUUGUCUCCAGUUUUUUCUGUUUUAAAAAUUGUCUUCUCAUUAAAUUUUAGUGCCUUGA